AUGGUACGUUCAAACCCAGACGCCAUUUUACUCACUGACCACCCAACAGGCCAGUUUUCCCACUUGGGAGCAACCAAAAAGCCCUUGCGCUUGAUGCCAGUGGGCGGUUCCGUCACGUACGGUGUUGGGUCCUCCGAUGGCAAUGGAUACCGACAAUUCCUCGGCGAUAUGCUUCGCGCUGAUGGCUACCAAGUGCAGUUCGUCGGCUCGCGUAGAUCAGGCUCCAUGGAUGAUAGCGACAACGAGGGGUGGCGGGGAUGCAGAAUCGACCAGAUUGACAGCAAAGCAAGGAAAUGCGUCCCAACCUUGUUACCUCAAGUCUUAGCUGUCAAUGCUGGAUCCAAUGACUGCAUUCAAGACUUUCGAAUGGAAACUCUCGGCCUCCGUAUGGAUGAUAUGCUUGAAUUCUUUUGGCGAACAAAUCCCUCAUCGGUUGUUAUCCUAUCAACCCUACUCGUAAACAUAGACAAGGACAUUAACUCGCGAGUAAUGCGCGCAAAUGAUCAAUUUCGUCAGUUAGUUGAGUUAAAAGCGAGGAAGGGGGAGAAGUUAGUGCUUGCAGAUAUGAACAGCCCUCAAGGGCCUCAACUUAAUGAUCUGGUUGAUGGCAUACAUCCAAAUGACCAUGGGUAUAAGAAGAUGGCAACUAUCUGGUUUAAUGCUGUCCGACGAGCCUAUGAGAAAGGAUUUAUAUAG